GGUCAGCAAAAGCCUUACGAGCGCAUUUGCAUUAUUUUUUCCUUUUUCUAGUUUUAAAAUGUUCUCUCCAACUUUUAUUGUUCGACAGUCCCGUACAACUUUAUUAGAUUUUUGUCGUUUCAAGUCUGCUCUGACUCCCCAUAUUUUGCCUAAAACCAAAUUGAACGACGAGGUUAUUCUCUCCAAAAGCAACAAUCGUUACACUGUGACUGCGCUGCCUGGUGAUGGAAUUGGACCUGAGAUGCUUGCUCAUGUUAAACGUAUAUUUUCUUCUUCAAACAUUCCUGUUGAUUUUAAUGAUGUUGAAUUAAAUUCGAAAGACCCAUUGGAUGAGGAAUUGGAAAAAGUGGUUAAUGCGAUACAUAAAACUGGAGCGGCUUUGAAGGUUUUUUUUCUGUAUUUUUAGAAAGACGGGGCUGAAUUG